CCAACCUUCCCCGUUCCCGUUUUCUCUCCUCAACAACAAAAAUAUCAGUGAGUUCUAUUGUCAAUCUUAGGGAAAUUUUUUUUUAUCUUCAUCUCUCAAUUCUACUGUUAAUCUUUCAGCUUAAUUUUUGUUUAUUUAGACAAGUAACAAUUAUGGGUUUUCCAGUAGGCUACACGGACCUAUUUCUUCCAAAAUUGCUCGUACACAUUCUUACAAUUUUGGGUUACAUUAGAAAAUUCAUUUGCACGCUUUUAACUAUUCUGGGUCUUGGGGAUUUUCUAGAACCCGAAAUGCCGUUUCUAGCCCGACCCGAAUCUUGUUCGGAGCUCCAAUAUUCCUUGUCGGGUGUUCUAAUCCGGGAGCUUUUACCGGUUGUCAAGUUUUCCGAGCUAGUGGACCCACCAGAGAGCUGUGCGGUUUGCUUGUACGAGUUUGAUGGGGACGAUGAGAUCCGACGGCUCACAAAUUGCCGUCACAUAUUUCAUAGGAGUUGUCUGGACCGUUGGAUGGACCAUGACCAAAAGACUUGUCCGCUUUGUCGGACGCCGUUUAUACCGGAGGAUAUGCAGGAGGUUUUUAAUGAGAGGCUUUGGUUGGCGUCUGGGAUUUCUGAUUUUUGCGGCGAUUUUUCUCCCAUUAUUGCCGGUUUAUAGUACUUCCAUUUUCUUGUGAUUAUUUUUGUUUUGUUUUUUGGAGGGGUAGGAUAGAGGUUGAGGUGAAUUGACAAUGUGAAAUGUAUAUACAAGAAAUUAGAAUAUGCAUACUGCAAAUAGUCAAUUGAUUUUGUGGUCAAUCACAAUCUAUUUUUAGUUUUA